GCGAAAUCCGGUCGGAAUCUGAGCGGUUUUUCUUCUUGGAUAAGUUUAUCGUUUUGAAAAGAUCAAAUGUCUUGAUUUGCGGCCCACUGAUCGAAUCCGGGAUGCGGAGCCGGGUGGAACAGAAAUUGGAGCGUGCGCUCGCGAAAAUCGACGAUUGGAUGGUCGAGAACGAGGAAAUGUCGAGGUGGAUCGAAUUGGAAAACGAGAAGAGGAGAGCAUUGGAAAAAGCUGUGAAGGAAAAACAAGCAGAAUUCGAAGAGAAAAAAUCAGUUUAUGCAAUACAAAUUUCCCGUUCAUGUACAACAUGCAUCACAAAUUCUACCAAUUUGGAGCGUAAAACUUGUCAUGCUAAACUAGGAUCGAAGCCAAGUUUUGUCAUGCAGAGACCGCAUCUGGAUCUGUAGCUGUAUGUGUACGGGAAAUUUCCUGUGGAUACAAUUUGGGAAAAGACCGCUUUAGCCGGAAUUCUAUCGGCCAGAGCAAUUGAGCGUCUCCGGCAGCGAGAAAUCCGCAAGACGGAAAGGAUGCUGGAAAGGAAAGCCAAAAAGACCCGGAAAAGAGAAACGAUGAAGAAAGCGCGGCAGUUGAUAAGAGAGGGCGGGUUUAGAAGUAGUGGAGAAUCUACUUGUUCGGAAGAAGACGGCGCAGGAGCGUCGAAAAAAUCUGCUGUUUCUCGUCGGGGACGGUCUACUUUGGACAGGAGUAGAGGACGCAGAAGAGAAGGCGCUUGUUCACGCUCAGACAAAGAUUCUGACAGAAGAUCGCCCUCCUGCUCACGGAGGUCCCCUAAUAACUCGAAGUUGUCCACCCCAAGAACCUCCUCGUCCUCUUCAAGGUCGUCCUCUACUAGUUCAGGCUCCUCUACUUCUUCUACUGCCCGAUCGAAAUCCCCGUCCACGGAAUCGGAUGAGGAGGACUAUGCGCAAAGGUUCGGUGGUGAGGAGGAAAAAGAACUGCGGAAAGAGUUCAAGCGAAUUCAGGGAGACCUUAUCGAGUUGGAAAAAGCCUGGGCGGAACUCAACGACGACCAAGAUCAUGAUUUGGAUUCACCGAGCGGCCAGGACGAGACCGAUUUCGAGAAGGCGCUGAAGAAAAUGGGCUUGCGCGACCACUCGUCUGGCGUGGAUAAAGAGAAGGCAGCAGGCGAGGAUGUUGACCACAGUGAAGACUGUGCAUCACGAACAUCAAAAACUUCUACUGCUUCAGUAUCACCUUCUGUGUCGG